AUGUUCUCGAGCGACAAAGCGUCGCGGCAGUCCAGUGGAGGCAAGUCUUUGUUCUCCCGCCACAAGAAAGAGAAGGGCAAUGAUGCACCGCCGAUGCCAGAGACGGCCUCGCGACACUCGCACCGCAGCUCGACGUCGACCAUAGACCAGGAUGAGUACAUGGCAGGCAAGAAUGGCCAGACUGGGCAGGAGGGGCUAGCCAUGCAAGCGGGCGUUAUCACCAGCAUACCAUACGAUGCUAUGCCCAAGGACAAUAAGCCCCCCGUGCAUGUCGACCACGCGGACAGGCCAGUCUCGCGCCGCGAACCGCUGCCACACCACCUGAACAAAGGCGGCGGCGACUUCCACCAGUAUCCUGCUUUCGAUGGCAGCGCGCUACCUCCUAGACCUCCUACACAUGGCAGUACCAGAGGAGGUACUGCGCGCUCGUUCGAGUCCGACGCUACGACCCUGAAUGGAGGCUAUGCGCAGUCGCGAAGCUCAAGUGACCAUGGCAGCAUAAGAUCAACUUCGUCGCAUGAUCGAAGGCAUUAUCUCCAGCCAAAUGCAAGCCAGGCGUCAUUCGGGAAUCAAUCAGACUACGCCCAUCUGCCCCAGCUUGUACAAUCGACUACGCGGGAAAAGGAAAGACACCACCAUUUCCUCAACGCCCAUAACCCUUCCGCAUUCUCCAGUACAUCCUCGUUCUCGCCUGAAAACUUCCAGUUGCAUCGACCCAAGGACGACAAAGUCAUUGAAAAGGAGUUUAUGGAAUUGAUGCACAAGCGUGGUUGGAAGAGUUUACCUGAGCAAGCGCGAAGACAAAUGGAGGCCUACCCAAUCAACAAGAAGUGGACUCUGGUGCACCAAGAUAGACUUGCGGAAUGGCAGGGAGAGCAGAAGAAGAGAAACAUGGCGCGGAACACAAUGGUCAGCAUCGACGGUACCAACAUGAUUGGCCGCUUUGACGAAGAGGGGAGUCCAGAAUGGUACGUCAAGAAGAUACUGGAGAACACCAUCACACCCAAACAGUUGCAAAGCUUGUCUGUGAGUCUCCGGACGCAGCCGAUCGCAUGGGUCAAGUCGUUUGUCGAAGCACAAGGCCAGAUUGCUCUCACAAACGCCCUCGCGAAGCUCAAUAGACGACAAGGCUCAGGACCUGCACCUGUGGGCGGCUCUACGUCAGAACGAGACCUUGACCGCGAAUAUGAUAUCGUCAAGUGCCUGAAGGCAUUGAUGAACAACAAAUACGGCGCCGACAAUGCAUUGCAACAUGAUACCAUUGUUAUGGCAUUGGCCAGUUCGUUGACUUCACCACGAUUGAACACAAGAAAACUUGUAUCUGAACUUCUCACUUUCCUGUGCCAUUGGGCGAACGGGCAGGGUCAUAUCAAGGUCUUGCAGUGUCUGGACCAUCUCAAAGCUCAGCAGAACGAGAACGGUCGAUUUGACGCUUGGAUGCGUAUCGUUGAAGUCACGGUCGAUGGCCGCGGCAAGAUGGGCUCGCUGGUGGGUGCGUCGGACGAGGUUCGAAGUGGUGGCAUUGGUAUGGAGAACCUGCUCAUGGAGUACGCCGUUGCAUCUCUAUUCCUGGUCAACAUCAUUGUGGACGCCCCUGAGAAAGACCUCCACCUACGAUGCCAUCUUCGCGCGCAGUUUGUGGCCUGUGGCCUCAAGCGCAUCCUCACGAAGAUGGAAGACUUCCAGUACGAAGUUAUCGACAAGCAAAUCGAACACUACCGGACAAACGAGGCGAUCGACUAUGAAGACCUUCAAGAGCGGGAGGGCAGUUCCAUGCAUGAGAGCAUGGAAGGCGAGGGCAAGGAUAUGAACGAUCCUGUCCACAUCGUUGAGGCUAUUCAGCAAAGACUUGCAGGGAGCAAAGAAGGCGACUACUUCUUGUCUGCUCUACAACAUCUUCUGCUCAUCAGAGACAAUGAAGGCGAGGAUCGGCUGAAACUCUUCCAGCUCGUGGAGAGCAUGCUCUCGUACGUGGCCAUGGAUCGAAGGCUACCGGACAUGGACUUGAAGCAAUCCCUCAAUUUCUCGGUGCAGAGUUUGAUGGACAAGCUCUAUACCGAUUCUGAAGCCCGUCAGGCAAGGGAAGCAGCUGAUGAGGCCAAGCUCAUUGCCGAUGCCGCAAUUGCUGAGCGAGAUGAGAUGAAAUAUCAGGUCGACCUUGGAGCAGAGGGUCUCGUUGCCAAAUUACACAAGCAGCUUGCGGAGCAAGCCAGUAUCAUUGAUCUCCAACAACGACAAGCAGAAGCAUUCAAAGCAGAAUUGGCAGAGCUCCAACGUGUGCGAGCACAGGAGCUGCAACGCAACGAGCUCGAGACCAGAGAGCUGUACCUCAUGCUGAAAGAUGCCCAAGAUAUCGCCGCAUCCAGUGCGAACAAGGGCAAGAACGGCGAGCAGACAGAUCCUGCCGCGAUGCAGGGCAUUCUCGACCGCGAAAGGCUCAUGGAUCGUUUGGAGAUGCAACUGGAGCGUGCUAAGACUCAAGCGAAACUAGAGGGCAAGGUAUGGCAACAGUUCAAUCCAAGUGACAAGCUUAGAGAGCUGCGCGAGAAGAUGGAGGGUGCUGGUCUGGAGCCAGACGGUUUGGAUGCUCAAAUGCAAUACCUUGGCACUGCGCGCAGGACGAAGAGCGCUAUCCAGCGAAAACCGGUUGCUAGCAAGUUUGAUCCGGAAGCGUCGGUCACUGAGGACGAGGAGACUGAUAUCGGAGAUGAAGACAUCGUCUACGAGAAGCCAAGGCUGGUUGAGAUGAAACGGCCGAAGAUGCCCAGUUCUAUUGCUCAUGCACAGCAAGGCAUGCUCUCGGAGCUCACCAGCAAGACUCAACGUAUUGACGGCAGCGACGACGAGGGCGAUGGUAUCACCACUGGGCCUAGUCAUCCAAGUUUGGAGAGUGAAAGCCCCAAGACACCGACCAGCAGCGACGGUGCCGAGCAGCCCAAGGACAAGUUUGAUGGCCCUGAUGCACCUCCUCCGCCACCGAUGCCCGGAUUCGAUGGUGCUGCACCGCCUCCUCCACCGCCCAUGCCAGGAUUCUCAAACGAUGCUCCACCUCCACCGCCUCCUCCGCCAAUGCCAGGGUUUUCGAGCGAUGCGCCUGCUCCUCCGCCGCCGCCUCCGCCACCAGGUGCUCCGCCGCUUCCUGGAGCCAACAAGGGUGGCUUCUUGCCGAAACCCAUAUAUACUGGUGCUCCCGGCUCGAUCGGUCCGGUUGCGCCGCGUCCAAAGAAAAAGCUCAAGGCUCUUCACUGGGAGAAGGUCGACUCGCCGGAAAUCACCAUGUGGGCUUCGCACACUCCUACUUCGGAACAGAAGGAAGAGAAGUACCAAGAGCUGUCGAAGAAGGGUAUUCUCGACGAGAUCGAGAAGCUCUUCAUGGCCAAGGAGAUCAAGCAGAUUGGCAAGACCAGCAGCAAAGCUAAGAGCGACAAGAAGCAGGUCAUUGGCCGAGAUCUCAUGCAUACGAUGCAAAUCAGUCUGGCCAAGUUCUCGAAUUUGGAUGCUGAUGAGAUCUCGCGCAUGAUCAUUCACUGCGAUCGUGAAAUCUUGGACAACAGCACCGUGAUGGACUUUUUGCAACAGGAACAUCUGUGCACGAUUCCUGACAAUGUUGCUAAGCUCCUGGCCCCUUACUCCAAGGACUGGACUGGACCUGAUGCGAUGAAAACUGCUCGCGAGCAGGACCCCAAUGAACUCACCCGCGAAGAUCAGAUAUAUUUGUACACGGCUUAUGAGCUGCAUCACUAUUGGAAGGCCAGAAUACGAGCACUCGCUCUUACGAGGAAUUACGAGCCCGAGUACGACGAGAUUUCUGGCAAGCUGAAGCAGGUUGUAGAAGUCUCGGAAGCGCUCCGAGAUUCGGUCAAGCUGAUGCCAGUGUUUGGAUUGAUCCUGGACAUUGGUAACUACAUGAACGACUCCAACAAGCAGGCCGUUGGGUUCAAGCUAUCAUCUCUAGCACGGUUGGGUAUGGUCAAGGACACGAAUAACGAAUCCACUCUUAUGGACUACGUCGAGCGCGUGGUUCGCAAGCAGUAUCCUCAGUACGAAGGCUUCGCAGACGACAUCGCUGGUGUUCUCGGUACGCAGAAGAUGAACAUCGAACAGUUGCAACAAGACGCGAAGAAGUACAUUGACAACAUCACCAACGUACAAUCUUCGCUCGACGCAGGUAACCUGAGCGAUCCGAAGAGAUUCCACCCAGAGGAUCGGGUCAGCCAGAUUGUGCAAAGGUCCAUGAAAGAAGCCCGCCGCAAGGCCGAACAAAUGCAGCUCUACCUUGAGGAGAUGAACAGGGUCUACGACGACAUUUUGACUUACUUUGGCGACGACAACAAGGACGAAAACUCAAGGCGAGAAUUCUUCGGCAAGCUCGCUAAUUUCUUGAACGAAUACAAGAAAUCCCACGAGAAGAAUCUUAUCCUUGAGGAACAGUGGCGUCGAAAUGAGGAGAACAUCCGUCGUAAACAGCUUCAAGGACAGAAGCCAAACGGCGCUACAAUGGCCACGGUAGGAGACGCGCCGCCAAGUCCAUCGACUGGAGCCAUGGACGCCUUGAUGGAGAAGCUGCGAGCAGCCGCACCCCAAACGAGGGAUACUCGAGACCGAAGAAGGCGAGCGCGUCUCAAGGAUCGACACCAGGUACGAGUCGCCUCAGGCCAGAAAAUUCCCGAGACUGGGGAGAACAUUGCGGACGAAACAGGCCUUCUCACGCCUGCCAAGACCAACGAUUCAGAUGGGGGAGCCUCAGCCGAGGGCGGCGUCUCGGAGGGCGAAGACAUUGCAGACCGCGCCGCAUCGAUGCUGCAGGGUCUUCGGGGCGAUGGCGAAGACGGCGAAGCCCCAGGCAGAGACGACUCCCUCCGCAUCCGCAGACGAAGAGAAAGCGCCAACGACGAACGAGCGCAAAGGCGGGCCCGAAGACGAGGAGCUGGGACGAGCACCGAUACGAACGCCCACAGCACCAUCACCGAGGAAGGCGAGGGUGCUGAUUCGAAACCGCAAGAGGACGGCGACAAAGAUAGUGAGAGCCAAAGGGACUCUGGCGAGCAGCAAUUACCCACGCCGACGACGAUCGUCGUCCCACCUUCGCCCACGGCGUCUGAAAGUAAGAGGACCGCUAGCGAGGAGUGA